CGCCAACAUUACUAGGCGUACUAAGUCUCCACGAACAUCAACACACAAUAUGGUCCCUUAUAUACCUACAAUAUGCACGGUUUGUAAAAUCAAUAUUCAGAGAAGUUUCUUCACUACCACAUAAUGGCACUUACCUGGCCACGCCUCCUUACCAUUCUCAACGGCGGCGCGCUGUUCGUCUCUCUAGCGCUCGUCGGCAUCUCUCCUGCUAUUCUGUAUCUAACGAGCCAUGGCAUGCGCUGGAUGAACAAAGCAUACCCGCAAGGCUACUACGAGUGGUAUCGUGGCCCGAGCUACGAUAUGGACACAAAGCACAAGGUCAGGCUGAUGUACGAGUCAACAAACGAGUACAUGAUCUUCACAGCAGCUGCUGUGAGUGCUAUAGCUGGACUUGUCGGUAUCAUUGGGUUCUUCCUCACCCGAAAGACCUCAAAACCCACCAGUAGCAAGUCCACGCUCUUUCUCCUCGUCCUCCCCGGAUCCGUGACCUUUGUCAUCACAUUAAUCGCCUUCAUGUUCACACAAAUCGUCUACGACACCGACAACAAAGGAAAAUGCAACUGGGAGCAAGGCUACAACCCUGGCAACGUCUUCAAGUGCACCCGUGAGCAGGCAGCCUGCAACAUCGUGGGCUACUUCACCAUGGAGAACUCCAAGAUACAGCAGAUCUUCGACACUAAGCGAGGUAUAUGUGGUGAGACGCAGACUGGAAGGCACUUGGUUGCCCCGCUUUUUGUUGCGAGCUUGUUGAUGUGCGGGCUCACUGUUGCGAAGUUUCUGGUAGAGAAGAAGGAGAGUAGGUUUGUGGAGAGUGCGGAUGAGAGGGUUGAGAGAUUGGAGGGGCAGGAGGAAUAAGCAUGGGUUGAAGAGGAGGGAGGAGCUGGAUGGUCCAUGGGGACUCUUUAAAUAGUGGAGUGAAGGCGGAGGUUGAGGCAACGCUUGUGUUAGUAGUUCGAGAAAGGGAAGCUAUGAUUGAUGGACAACGAUGAUGUAGAUAGUAUGUAUGUAUGAUUGUAUGAAUUAGUAUCGCCUGAAUAGCUGUUGAUUAGCGGUCGAGCAACGGUAAAGCAUCGAGAGAUCUGCAGGAUGACGACGCUGUGAAGAAUGCUGUACAGCACAUCAAGGAG